GCUGACGUUUAAACAAAAUGGCUUACUUUUAGUUUUUCUGCCCACGUUAGAGUUCAAGUGUGCAACUCACCCUAAGUAUUUAGUACGAUCAUCGACAUUCUAGUUUAUAUAAAACGUAGUUUAGUCAAAACAAAUGUACUUCAUAAAAAAAAAACAUAUUACAUAAUAUAUAUUUUUUUAACUCUCGCAUUUGUAAAAUAGAUACUUAAAUUAUGACAUUUGCUUUUAUUCUUUCCAGAAAUUUAAUCCGGAGCAGUUUAAUCAGGAUUUAAUGACGCGGAUCAAUCAAUGAAAAGAACCCAAACGAUAUUAAACAUUGUUUCGAAAAUUUAACAAGACAACGAUUUAAAAAGGUCACCGAGUAAAUAUCUAUUGAAAAGCGCCUAUAUUACAAAUAGGACGGCAUAUUCUUUCCGAAAUGGAUUUUUGGAAUCUUUAGAAAGUUUGCUAUUGUUUCGUCUUCUCAAUUUCCAUUCUACGAGACCUCACUAGCAUAGAAAUUAAAAACUGCACCUUUCAUAGGUAUUAAUAUUUUGGUGCUUUUAUUCUCUAUCGUCGAGGAUGAUAUAAAGUGGAUCCUGGGCUCCGACUCUCAACGGCUGAGCAAAAACCGGGAAUACGCUCAGAUGAGAGAGAGAGAAACAGAGACUUUCAUCCCUUACGAGCCAGACUUCAGUGCGCUGCUAAUAGUGACAUAAAAAUAACAUGUGGCGUUCUACGGAUAACGGUAUUGGACUUAUUUUGGAUAAUAAUUUUUACAAAUUACAAAAAUAUGUGAAAUUAAAAAUUUACGACAACACAUCACAAACAAAUCACUUACUAGAUUGAAAUAGCGUCGCAGGCAAUCCAUAAAUAACUGCUUGACAUUUGAGAUGUUCGAUGUGGUGUAGGAGGGGCGCAUGUAGUAGGCAGCCAGCUCUGUUAAUUCCUCCAGCUGCAGCAGCUGCUCCGGCGCGCUAUGAAGAUACAGGUGGUAAUUUGGCAACUCCAACAGCUCUAUACAUGGCGACCCAGUUUCUUUGCUUUCUUUAGGCAACUUCACCAUUGUUUUAAAUUAACGAAAUUAUCAAGUGUGUCUUGUGCGCAAUGAUGGUAAGUAACACAGACUGACAUUUAAAAGCGUUGGUACUUACUUUAUAAUGACUAAACAGUUAACAGUACCUGGAAUUUGGAAAGGGCCGAUAAACUUGCAAGCUUUUGUUUAUAAGCUACCUGUGAACCUGUUUUUAGGUCUAUUGUUGCUGUUCCAACACCAUACGUCAGACACGUGGUAAUUUUGUGCUCAUUAGAAUGACUGAGACACCCCCGGGCCAUUCUUUCCGUGGUAAUGAUCAAGAUAAGUGUUUGCUCUGACACUAUUUUCAUAGUAAUUGAAUUCCAAAAAUAUUGUCAAUAUAAUUAGUUAAUGAUUGCAGUCUUAUUUUUGGCUUUAAUAUUUCUUUUCAUGGAAUCGAUUGACUUGAUUUUGGUAGUUGGCAAAUUGUGUAUAAAAAUCCAGGUAGUCCAAAUUUGAAUCAUUAUUAAGUGGUUAGUAAAGGAGUGAACAUGGUGAAACUUCCGAAUCCGGUCGAACAGCAGGGCAGAGCGAUGGGGGAACGGGGUAGCGCCAGGUGGAUGUCCCGGAGUCAUCGGCGAUUUGGGACGCGGUACGGGAGACGUCGCGAGGAGAUGAAAAACAGAGAACCUGUCACCCUCAAAGAACUUGAAGAGUUGACUGAGCGAUCAGUAGAGCUUAUGGAGAAAUACAGGCCAAAAGCAGAUUGUAAUUUUGACAUAGCCAUGGAUCUUCUUCGUUCGCAGUAUAAUUUGAGCUUCAUGAUACUUUGUGAGAAGUGCGGCACUCCUCACGCUAAUGAUGAAAUGUCUGCUCCCGAGCGCUGACAUGGCGGCAGCUACAACCAGGAUUGCUCUGCAGCUGCUAGAAGUUUAUAGCUUUGAGAAAUCCUUAUUAAUCCUUAUCCUUAUUACAUAUAAAAGAAGUCCCCUUGUCGCGUCUGACUGUAUGAACGCGAUAAACUAUCGGACGCAUUUUUAUACUGUUUUCACCAAUACCUAGAUAGUGUGAUUCCUGAGGAAGGUAUAGGCUUAGGUGUACACCUAAGUGCAUAAUUUAUUAUAGUUUUAUCCGAGUAAACCCGGGACGAGCCGCUAGUAUAUAAUAUGAUACAACGCAGUACUCCUGUGAUGCUCGCAUAUAACAAUAUCUCUUUCGUUGAAAUAUCAACUUAUUUUUAAAGAAAAAUGCUUAGUCAUUUAAAUAACAUCCAUGCACUGUUUUAAUGCUUACUUAUACAACAUUUUACAAACUUUUUUUUACUUAUUUAUAAAUCGGUUUUACAGUUUUCAAAGAGUCAUUUUCUCUUAUAUAAAAUAUUGGAAAAUGUUGCGUUAUGUGAGCGAGAAAAUGUUGAAUUAUGUAUAAAAUAUGGUUUUAUAGACCAACCGGUGGUGAUCCCAAGAGGGAGAGAGGGGGGUAGGGAGUUGUACAGAAAAGUCAGGUAACUUCAUUUGAGUGCGAAAAAAAAUAUUUAUUUUGUAGUAAAUUAUGAUCUUUGGAAUUCUAUUGGGAUUCGAGGGAAUAAUAGUAUUAGUACUUUAUACUCGUAUUUAGGUGUCUGAAAUGUGCCUGUUACAUAUUGCCGAGUUAAUUGGUAAAAUUUAUAUUUUUAUGUAAAAUUGACAGGAUUAAGACAGAUACAUCUAGUUGAGUUAGUAUAAUUUAGUUAAGAAUGUAUUUUUAGUUGUCAUUGUUUAAGAAAUCACACUAAUUGCUUGUAAUUA